GAUGAAUUUCCUAAAAGAUGCCAUUAAAGGGUUUUAAGCAUUUAUAGCUUAUAACAACGUUAGAACCCUUGUAAUGUCGCUCUGAUUGUUUCAAACCUCAGGUUCAAAUCCUGAAAACGAACCCUACUUCUCGCCUGCUUUUCCCUAUUCCAACUUCACCGUCUGUUCUCCCACACCACUCAUCAUACGCUUCUCCCUCUGCAACUUCGACGCCACGGUAGCCGCACUUGGAAGCGGAUUUUAAUUUUUGGAGGGUUAACGUGUCCCACUUUUGGCAAUUUCCCCCUCUCCACCGUCUAAUCCCACGGAGCCUUACCUCCGCCGUUCAUUUCCUCCUUAUGGCAACGCAACGCCGAAUCUGGUAACAUCAUUCUGGGGUUGCCUUCACUUGAAUAUGUUAGCCUUCUCUGGUAGUCCAUUCUCAAAUUCAUCUAGUCAACUACAGGUGUGAAGCUCUGACUGUUUUCUAUGCAUAUCAACAUGACACGUGCAAGAAGAAAACAAGAAAAGAGAAAUAGGAAGGAAAGAUUACAGAAAGGAAUUGAAGAAGAAAGAUCAAUGACAGAAAGAAUUGAAGUGGUUUUUCAAGCAAUGAUUGAAGUGGUUUUUCAAGCAAUGCGACUAAGUCUUAGUAUUCUUUGUUGUAUCUUUUUCUAACUGCAAAUUCAAAGCAUUCUAAUGUCUAUUUUAAAACUACCAAUUAGUGACAUUAUGCCUGUGAAGUUUACACCAUUUCUUUCUAGGUCCGAUUUCUUUGCUUCUCCUCACCAGGACCCCAUAAAGCUGUUGAAGGUAGCUGCAGAUGCCAAGAACUUAAUAUUUGGUAGAACAAUCCAAGCUCAUCUGACCAUCACCAAUCACAAUUAUAGGGACUCCAAAGUGAAUCAACUGAAUUCGCUUAUUAAUUUGUACGUGAAAUGUGGUGAAGUAUCGAUUGCUCGGAAAGUGUUUGAUAGUAUGCCUAGAAGAAAUGUUGUGUCCUGGAGUACUUUAAUGGCUGGGUACAUGCAAAAUGGUAAUCCCUCAGAAGUCUUCGAGUUGUUCAAAAAGAUGGUCCUGAAGGAUAAUAUCUUACCCAAUAAAUAUGUGAUUGCUACUGUUAUAUCUUCUUGUAAUAGUCAAAUGUAUGUAGAAGGGAAACAAUGUCAUGGGUAUGCAUUAAAGUCUGGAUUGGAGUUUCAUCAAUAUGUCAAGAAUGCACUUAUUCAGUUGUACUCUAAAUGUUCAGAUGUAGGAGCAGCAAUCCAGAUAUUAUAUACUGUCCCAGGUAAUGACAUAUUUUGUUAUAAUUUGGUAGUGAAUGGGCUUCUACAGCACACACAUAUGAGAGAAGCUGUAGACGUUCUGAAGUUAAUAAUCAGUAAAGGCAUAGAAUGGAAUAGUGCCACUUAUGUUACUAUUUUCCGCCUUUGUGCUAGUCUUAAAGAUAUAACAUUAGGUAAGCAAGUUCACGCUCAAAUGUUGAAAAGUGAUAUUGACUGUGAUGUCUAUAUUGGAAGUUCUAUCAUUGACAUGUACGGGAAGUGUGGUAAUGUGUUGAGUGGAAGAACCUUUUUUGAUCGGUUACAAAGCCGAAACGUUGUUUCUUGGACAUCGAUCAUGGCAGCUUAUUUUCAGAAUGAAUUCUUUGAAGAAGCAUUGGAUCUGUUUUCAAAGAUGGAAAUUGAUCGUAUUCCUCCCAAUGAAUAUACAAUGGCGGUGUUAUUCAACUCUGCGGCAGGUCUGUCUGCACUAUGCCUUGGAGAUCAGUUACAUGCACGUGCUGAGAAAUCAGGUCUCAAAGGCAAUGUUAUGGUAGGUAAUGCCUUGAUCAUUAUGUAUUUCAAGAGUGGGGACAUUUUGGCAGCACAACGUGUGUUUUCAAAUAUGACGUGUUGUGAUAUCAUUACCUGGAAUGCAAUAAUAACUGGCCACUCACACCAUGGUUUGGGCAAGGAAGCAUUAAGCAUGUUCCAGGACAUGAUGACUACUGGAGAACGCCCUAAUUAUGUAACUUUUAUUGGUGUAAUAUCUGCUUGUGCCCAUUUAAAACUGGUGGAUGAAGGAUUCUACUAUUUUAAUCAUUUGAUGAAACAGUUUGGAAUUGUUCCUGGAUUGGAGCACUAUACAUGUAUUGUUGGCCUUUUAAGUAGAUCUGGACGACUGGAUGAAGCUGAGAAUUUUAUGCGGUCACAUCAAAUAAAUUGGGAUGUUGUUUCCUGGCGCACCCUUCUCAACGCUUGUUAUGUUCAUAAACAUUAUGAUAAAGGGAAGCAAAUAGCAGAGUACUUGCUACAGUUGGAGCCUAGGGAUGUUGGAACUUAUAUUCUAUUGUCAAACAUGCAUGCAAGAGUUAGGAGGUGGGAUCGUGUUGUUGAGAUUCGAAAACUGAUGAGGGAAAGAAAUGUCAAGAAAGAACCUGGAGUGAGUUGGUUAGAAAUAAGAAAUGUUGCUCAUGUUUUUACAUCUGAGGAUAUUAAACACCCUGAUGCCAAUCUGAUUUAUGAAAAUGUAAAGAAUUUAUUAUCUAAGAUUCGACCUUUGGGGUAUGUUCCUGAUAUUGAUAAUGUAUUGCAUGAUAUUGAGGAUGAGCAAAAGGUCAACAAUCUUAGCUAUCACAGUGAGAAGCUUGCUGUAGCAUAUGGCCUUAUGAAGACAACAUCAGGCACACCAAUCAGGGUGAUUAAAAACCUUAGGAUGUGUGAUGAUUGUCACACUGCUAUCAAACUUAUUUCCCAAGUUGCUAAUAGGGUUAUAAUUGUUAGAGAUGUCAAUCGCUUCCAUCAUUUUCAAAAUGGUUGUUGCUCGUGUGGAGAUUAUUGGUGACAAUUUGGAUGAGCUUCUCAGGAGCAUUGAUGUUUUGAUGAUAAAAACUUCCACCUGUAUGGUAGGGAAGGUUCUUUGUUGGGCAGUACUAUCAGGUUCUUCAGCAGCAACCUGACUAUGUUUAUCAGUUCCAUUCUCAUGCCUGUACUAUGAUCCGGAUUGAUGGCAAUUUCAGAGAGUCCACCACUGCAAUGCUGGAUUGAAGAAAGACUCGAAGUAAUUGAUCAAGAAAUAGCACUGAUGAAGAAAGAACUCGGGAAGAUGUCGAUCAUCGAAUUAAGUCUGAACGAUAUUGCGAAGAAUAUGCAGACAAUGCGAGCACAGUCGGACAAACAGGAGCAGAUGCUGUUGAUGAUAAUGGAAACUAUAGCCAAGGAUCGUACCACAACCGGUGAACGCAACGAAGAACCUAAUGCGCACAUGUCUGUGACAAAUAAAGGAAAAGAGAAGGAAGCAACCUCCAGCAAAUCGGCCGUAUCAGGUCGAAGUAACUCCGACGACCGAAACGAAGGAAAAACAGAGACCGAAGAAGCUGCAGCAGACCGGAAUAAAUUCAAGAAAGUCGAAAUGCCCGUGUUCGUCGGAGAAGACCCAGACUCGUGGCUCUUCCGCGCCGAAAGGUACUUUCAGAUUCAUAAACUCUCCGAUUCUGAGAAAAUGCUUGUUUCCACGAUUAGUUUCGACGACCCUGCCUUAAAUUGGUACCAAUCUCAAGAAGAAAGAGAGAAAUUCAUCAGCUAGUCAAACUUGAAGGAAAGAUUAUUAGUAAGAUUCAGAUUGAGCAGAGAUGGAACGAUAUUAGGAAAUUCUUAUGAGUUAAACAAGAAACUACAGUCGAUGAGUACCGGAAUUUGUUCGACAAACUCGUCGCACCAUUGAGUGAUGUCCCGGAUCCUGUUGUCAAAGACACCUUUAUGAAUGGCUUGUUCCCAUGGAUAAGAGCAGAGGUAAUACUUUGUCGACCAAAAGGAUUGGCCGAAAUGAUGGAAAUCGCGCAAUUGGUCGAGAACAGAGAGAUCAUACGAAACGAAGCCAAUUUGAAUAGUCUCGCGGGCGGGAAAUACUUUCCGCAAAAUACAACAAACAACUAUAGGAGAUUUGUCCAACAUUAUGGGUCAAUAGCGGCCCCGUUAACUCAACUCCUCAAAAAGGGGGGGUUCAAAUGGAAUGAAGAAUCUGAAGAAUCAUUUCUAAAGUUGAAAUCUGCAAUGAUGUCUCUACCAACAUUGGCCUUACCCAACUUUGCACUUCCGUUUGAAAUAGAAACAGAUGCAUCCGGUUUUAGAGUGGGAGCAGUGUUAAUCUAGUCAAAGAGACUCAUUGCCUUCUAUAGCCAUACACUAUCCAUGAGAGAUAGAGCCCGGCCUGUAUAUGAACGCGAGUUGAUGGCUGUUGUACUAUCCAUACAAAGAUGGAGACCAUACCUACUUGGGGCAAAGUUCGUAGUAAAAACAGAUCAGAAAUCACUAAAAUUCUUGCUGGAACAGAGGGUCAUUCAACCACAAUAUCAAAAAUGACUAUCUAAACCAUUGGGAUAUUCGUUUGAAGUGGUUUACAAACCGGGCUUAGAAAAUAAAGCAGCCGAUGCCUUAUCAAGAAGACCUCCAAACAUACAAUUAAACAGCAUAUCAGCACCAUAUUUAGUGGACUUACAAAUCAUAAAGGAAGAAGUGGAAAAAGAUGAGAAGUUAAAGAAGAUAAUAGCCAAUUUAAGCAAAGAAGACGAAGCCCAAACCAGCAAAUUUACAUUGAAGAAUGGCGACCUGCAUUGCAAAAAUAGACUGGUAAUCUCAAAAGCUUCAUCCCUAAUUCCAGUCAUGUUAAAUACUUUUCAUGACUCAGUAGUAGGAGGACACUCCGGGUUCCUAAGAACAUAUAAAAGACUAGCAAGUGAGCUAUAUUGGGAAGGGAUGAAAUCGAAUGUCAAAAAACAUUGUGAGUCCUGCAUAACUUGCCAACGUAACAAAAGCUUAGCUCUAUCACCAGCCGGAUUGUUAAUACCACUUGAAAUACCUCAUCAAGUUUGGAGCGACAUCUCUAUGGAUUUCAUUGAUGGUCUACCUAAAGCAAAAGGAUGUGAUGUAAUACUCGUUGUAGUAGAUCGGCUCAGCAAAUACAGUCAUUUUUUGGCCUUUAAACACCCUUACACAGCCAAGUCAGUAGCAGAAAUUUUUGUGAAAGAAAUAGUCCGACUGCACGGAUUUCCUACUUCCAUUGUCUCCGACCGGGACAAGGUGUUUCUCAGCCAUUUCUGGAAUGAAUUGUUCAAAAUGGCAGGCACUAAACUCAAAAAAAGCACAGCUUACCAUCCACAGACCGACGGACAAACAGAAGUGGUAAACAGGGGCCUAGAAACUUAUCUUAGAUGUUUCUGUGGUGAACGUCCAAAGGAAUGGAUUUUGUGGCUACCUUGGGCCGAAUAUUGGUACAAUACUACUUAUCAGAAAGCACUAAAUAUGUUACCGUUCCAAGUGGUGUAUGGACGUAAACCUCCAACCCUGUUAUCUUGUGGAGAAAGAACUUCAAAUUCCUCGGUAGACGAACAGUUGAGAGAACGAGAUGUGGCAUUAGAUGCAUUACGGGGACAUUUGUUGCUAGCACAACAACAAAUGAAAUUAUAUGCUGAUCGGAAAAGAAGACAUGUUGAAUUCCAGAUUGAUGAAUUAGUGUUGCUUAAGAUCGUCCAUAUCGACAAACCACCUUACAAAGUAAAAGGAAUGAGAAGCUAUCAUCGUGGUAUUUUGGACCUUACAAAAUUCUCAAAAGAAUUGGUGAGGUAGCAUAUAGAUUGGAAUUGCCAACGGAUGCAGCUAUUCACCCUGUUUUUCAUGUUUCUCAAUUAAAGAAAUUCGUGAGUCAUCAGACAAAUGUAUUGCCUACACUACAAAACGUAACAGAGAAGUUUGAAUGGCAGUUCCAACCGGAAGAAGCACGCAAUUACAGACAAGAAGUGUUAAUUGCUUGGCAGAACCUAACGAACUAUGAAGCCUCGUGGGAAGACUAUGAUGAGAUAAGCAAGCGUUAUCCUAAUCUACACCUUGAGGACAAGGUGAAUCUAAAAGGGGAGAGUAAUGUUAGACCUCCAAUCAAGUUAGUUUACCAAAGAAGAAAUAAAAAUAAUAACAAACAGUAACAGAAUUAGUUAAGGAAAGAGGUUAGCAGAUUAGUUAGAAAACACAUGUUAAAUGUGUUAAGAAGAAGUUAGUAAACUUUGUGUAUAAAUAGAUGCUCAUAGAUGGAAGAAAGAUAUGAAAAUCUUAGAAAGAAUCUGUACUUGAAUCUUAAGAAGCAAGAUCAAGAGAUUGUAACAGAAUUGAUAUCUCAUCAAUUCUGUGUGUUCAUUGUUACCGAAAUAAAUAGAGAAGGAUAAAUUCAGCCUACUUGAUCGGAGUCAUAUCAUGUUGAAAAAGUUGUAUAUAUCCAAAACAUGAAAACUAUUCUUGUAUUGUGUUUUGAGAAACUGAUAAUUUUAGCGUUGAUAUUAUGUACUCCUACAACACCCCCUCUUUUGUGUACUUGUUUUUUGGUGGGUUCAAUUAUUCCUCUCUUCAUUUGUA